GACAAUAACAUAUAAACAUUAACUAAGUUUCAGAUACAAUUUUUCAUUUGAAUACGGACAGACAAAUUAUAUAUCAACCGAUUUAAAUUAGUCAAUUUAUCAGUCACAGCAUAUCACCAAAACCGUGAAGUUCACGACCUUCGUAUUACAUCGAAAAGUUAAUUUGACGUGGACCGUUCAUCCUGUCACAUGGAAACAAUGACUAUAUAAAGGUAUGGGGGGAAUUAAUCAGGCACAGAACGAAAAAUCAUGGCAAAGAUAGUCUCCAUUGUUUUACUAGCAUUACUUUUAACCAGUGUAUUCUCAUUUCCUGAACGUAAAAGGCGCGCUAUUGAUAAUAGCGGGUUAAAGGCUAAUGGGGGCAAAGGCGGAGCGGGUGCGGGCGCAUGGGCUGGUGCCGCUGCCGCCAGCAGCAGCAGCAAUGAAAGUUCCAGUUCCAGUGAAAGUGGUGAAUGUGACGAAGGAGCCGACAACAAUUGCAGCAACAGCAGUGAAGAAACGAAUCCUAAAACCGAAAUAAACAAGAAAAGUCAAUCAUUCGCCAGUGCCUCCGCAGCCUCCUCGGCGACCGCUUAUAAAUAAACCACAAAUGAAAUGAUUUAAAGUUGAGCGAAGCUAAAUUAUUUUUAUUAUUAACUAAAAUAAAAAGCGUGUGCAUAAAGUGUCAAGAAAUUUGUAUAAUUCGUAA